AUGUUUCCGUCUCCAAUGGGCAAUCUAGACUUGGAUGCCUUGAGUGGCAUUUGUGGCUCCAUAUCCAUCGCCUGUUGGGUGGUUGUCUUCUCUCCCCAGAUCAUAGAGAACUUCCGUCGCAGCUCGGCAGAUGGCCUCUCGCUUCUCUUCCUUGUCGUCUGGCUAGCAGGCGAUGUAUUCAACAUCCUCGGUGCAGUCCUGCAGGGCGUGCUUCCGACAAUGAUCAUCCUAGCCGUGUACUACACGCUAGCGGACAUUGUCCUGCUCGCGCAGUGCUUCUACUACCGCGGCUUCACACUGCGAGACGAGCCGUCUCCUCCGGAGUCGCGUGCCCCAGAAGAAGCAGAAGACAACCUCGAGGGAGGGUCUACCGCGGCGACGCGAAAGCCCACCGAGCGGAGCUAUCUCCUCCCGUCAGAAACAAACGGCCAAUCGUACCAGACAAACGGCCACGACCACCACCAGCACCCAAUCCCCCAUCACCAGCAGAGAAGACACAGCGCGACGUCGUUCCGCGACAUCCUCCACACCCACAUCGACGGCACGCAUCUUUCCCCCGCAACGCCCUUCAUCGAGCCUCCUUCGCCCAAGGAAACACGCGCCGCACGGAGCAUCUCGGCCCUGCAGAGCCUCCUCUUCAACGCCUGCGCUGUCGCUCUCGUCUGCGCCGCCGGCGUGCUUGGCUGGUACUUCACUCCAGGCUCGUCGAAGAACAAGGAGCCAACGGACGACACUCUGGCGUUCGAUACCCUGGGCCAGGUGUUCGGCUAUCUCUGCGCGGUGCUCUAUCUCGGCUCCCGCCUCCCGCAGAUCCUCCUCAACUAUCGGCGCAAGUCCACCGAGGGAGUCUCGCUGCUUUUCUUCCUGUUCGCCUGCAUCGGCAACCUGACGUAUGUACUUUCUAUCCUGGCUUUCUCUCCGGUGUGUCGGGGCGACCGUGCUGGCCACUGUCGCCCAGGGGAGGCCGCGGCGAUCUACGGCCGGUAUAUUCUCGUCAAUCUUUCUUGGUUGAUUGGAAGCUUUGGGACCCUUUUCCUUGAUAUGUGUAUUUUUGUUCAGUUUUUCAUGUACCAAGAUAACAUCUACAUGGACGAAGAGGGGAGCCAGGAGACAGUAAGAGGGUGA